AUGCCUGAGCAGUCAGGUACGGGAGGGGGGACAAGAAUAAUUCGAACACCUACAAUAUGGGAACGAGUUAAAAAUUGGCCAAUGGAUCGUAUUAUUCAACUUGAAGAGGAAAUUAAUAUGAAAGAUUGGGAUGAAUGGAGUCAAGCUUCUAGCUGGUUUGUAGCCAUCGGACUGAACUGCAUAUCUAUUGUAUUACGAAUUGGUCGUUGGUUUGAUGGACAAGAAUAUGAUCCUAUAGUUCAUCCGGUUUAUAGUUCUUUAGCAAUUUGGCUUUUUAGUGCCGAAUGGUUUUUGUUCUCGUUGAGCAUGGCCAAUGCUAUUUAUAUUUAUUGGUCUACAAAAAAUUAUCAUCUUUUCGAACAUCAUCUCAAUGAUCGACCAAAAAGUAAUAAUAUUCAAAUGCAAGAAGUGGGUGAACCUGUUCCAGUAUGGGCUGAAAGAUUUCCCGGUAAUUUUUUAUAUCCCUUGUUACAAGCUAUCUUUGAACAUCCUGGAUUUGAACCUAACAGUCAAUGUGUUUGGGUGAUAACGAUGUGGAAUCCUUCUAGUUUUUGUUUAGAUCUUUUUUGUUAUUAUUCACCAGCUCAAGUUUUGAUUCUUCAUUAUUUGAAUGGAGAAAACUAUUUUUAUCUUUUGUCAGCGGCAAUUAUCAUUGGAGUUCAGUUAAAGAUCCUCGUUAAAUUAUUUCAAUCUCUUAUCAAAGAUAAACAAAUAAUAUUCAACGAGAUGUAG